UGAGUCCAAUAAGCGCGCUUUUUGGCAAGACUCCAUUAAAAGACUUCAAACAAAGAGUGACUAUGUAACACUAAGAACAUUUUUUAAACUAAAUGGAUUCACCUGAACUUAUGACCCACCGUGUAAGAAGGCCAGCUUCCUGCUCACAGCCGGUAAAGUCCUGUUCAGUAAGAGCACUCGGUCCAAAUGGAAGGCGAACACCUCCACUGAGUCCACUGGGCCGUGGACGAGCCCGCACGGUCCUCGGCACAGGGAUGAGGGGGACCUGCUGCCGCUGCUGCUGCUGCAAAAAAAAAAAAAAAAAAAAAAAAAAGUCCAAGAUUCUCUAUAUGCUAGGAGCGCCCUGCUAUUUUUAAGGACCUGCUGCAAAAAAAGAAAGAGUGUAGCCCCCUGCUGGCAGCAUAUGUACAGUGAUUGGCUGAUUGACAACACCUGUGGAGCACUGAAGCUCACCUCCAUGUCAGCCUCCUGGUGAUUUGUCAACCGUAUCAGCUUUUAACAUGCUCUCGGCCAAAUGUCUUUUCCCCGCAAUCACGCUGUUGCUCGCCAGCUGCCAUGGCAACCAAAGAGGGCAAAGACAAGGUGGGGAUGAAGUGACUAAAGAGGACACACUCCGCUUGAACUCCACCAAUAUGACGCAUUUCACAUACGGGAUUGCUGCCAAUGUGGCUGCUGUGCUGCUGUAUGGAAGCAACUUUGUUCCUGUGAAAAGAAUAGAGACGGGAGAUGGCAUGUUUUUCCAGUGGGUGAACUGUGCAGCCAUAUGGGUGGCGUCCAUGGUGGGAGACUUGAUGCUGCAGUCUCCAAAGUUCCAUCCAUUUGCCAUGCUUGGUGGCGUCAUCUGGGCUACAGGGAGCAUAACAGUCGUUCCCAUCGUUAAAGCAAUUGGCCUGGGCCUUGGGAUUUUAAUUUGGGGGUCCUCCAGCUUGUUGAUUGGCUGGGCCACUUCAAGGUUUGGCUGGUUUGGGAUUGCUGCUGAAGAUGUUUCCAGGCCGAUAUUAAAUUAUUGUGGAGCUGCGUUAUGUCUGCUCAGCGGCCUCAUCUUUUUCUUCGUGAGAGCGGACGUGCAGCUGCAUCCCAAUCCCGAAACGGUUCCGUUACUCAUCGACAUGCGAACAAGCUCAGGCAGCUACGGGAUGAGGUCCUCCGAGUUCUGGAUCGACUUCAUCGGACCGACGAGCAGGCGCUUCAUAGGCUGCCUGCUGGCCGUGGUGUCGGGCGUGUUGUAUGGGUCCUGCUUUACGCCCAUCCUCUACAUCAAGAGCCAUUCAUCAUGUCGUGACAGCGUGUUCCACGGCGCCAGUCUUUACGAUCUGGACUACAUCUACGCGCAUUGCUGUGGUAUUUUUGCCGCCAGCACGGUGUACUUCGCCAUCUAUUGUGCCGUCAUGAAGAGCAGGCCAAGGGUCUACUCCAGAGCAAUUCUACCAGGUCUGUUGUCCGGGCUGAUGUGGACGUUGGCCACGUACUGCUGGUUCCUAGCUAACAACUACCUGACAGCGGUUGUCACGUUCCCCAUCAUCACAGCUGGGUACGGCCUGGUUGCAGCGCUUUGGGGAAGUCUGGUGUUCCAAGAGAUUAAGGGGUUAGUGAAUUGUUUAAUCUUCUUUCUGGCGUCCUGCGUGGUGCUGACCGGGUCCUUGUUGACGGCCAUCUCUAAUGUGUGACUCCUUUCAAGGCCAUGCUGUGUCAAUGCAGUCCACAUAUGGUGUGUAUUUUUCUGUGAGAACAUGCUAUUAAAAGUGAAAGUUUGUCAAGAAUGUACGCAGCCGUUAUGCUAAUGUUUCGUCACUUUAAAAUUGUUGCUUGCUUUUCCCCCCCUCAUGUUCUGCGGAUGAAAGAAUCUGUCAACAGUUCCUCUUGGGAGGUCUAUGUGUGAAUGUUAUG